UUGGCAUGGAUAUAUUUCUACAAUGUUCAUGAGAUUGUUCACGUCCACGACAUUUCUCUUGGUCUUUCCCUUGCCAAUUGGUCCUCCUGCCAGGGGACACUCCUCGCGAUGAAGACCAUUCCCAGCCUUGUUGCCUCGAGUACGGUUGGGAUUGCCGCUGCCGGUUUGGCCUUGGGGAAGCCUGAGCGAAUCACACCUGUGCGGCCCUCCUCGAAGAAACGAAAAGCUGGAGAGCUCGCAGACUUCAAUGAACAUCGUGAUGGCUAUUCUUCCCCGGCUUCGCGUCCAGGCACAAGCUCGACCAUGAGCACCCCCUCAGAACACAAGAUUCGGCAGCGAACUCUAUCCUCCUCGAAUCCUCCUCUGACCCACCGCACACGACCCUCGACUGCAAGACUCGAAGCCGCAAACAGUGGCGGGAAGAGAAAUUCAAUUGUCAGACACGGGGAGGUACUAUCAUCGCCUGUUGAACAUGCUGAAGGGGUGGUUAGGAGAGAUUCUGUUUCGUCGAGAGGCUCAUGGAUUAGAAGAUUGUCGACGAUACCCACCUCAUAUAACAACAGUCCUAGGUCAAGCGUUGGUCCGGAUUCUCCAUCAAUAACAGUCUCACAUGGCUCUGCUGCUCCAAUUUUGUCCGAUCCUGCCAGCAGCCCAGCUCAAUUACCUCCGAACAAACUGGUGAAAAGAGCUCCAUCUCGAGGAGAAGACAAUGGAUUCUUAUCAAGGAGUGGAUCCAAGUCGCAAGUACCAACCCUACGUAGACCGGCAACAAGUCACCAACGUUCCGUCAAUCUCCAGGAACAGUUCAGAAACGAUUCCAAGAAGGAAGAUUCCGUCCUGCAAAACCCUCCAAGUCAGACACGAAUGACCCCUUCGAGUAAAUUUAGUACGCCAGAACGCAUAACAUGGCGCCCUUUUUUCGAAGCACGACCAACAAGGCUCACGAAAGAAAGGUUGUCAGGAAAAUCUAGCGACGGAAAUGUACAAGGUAUACAGUCGACAUCAAAGAGGGUACUUCCGGGCGAGACUACAAGGCCUACCUUGAUGAAGCCGGCUGAGAUAGAUGCGGCCAAGUCUACUGGUAAAGUGUUCUUUGAUGAGGACGGUCUGCCAUUUGAUGACAGUGCUGUCGAGGACCUUGUAAACGGGGAUUCGAAUAUACUGCCUUCUACAGAGUUGCCUCGAGAGUCUCAGAAGAUUGCACGUCGUGCUCUCUCGAUGAACUUUGGUUCGCCAACCUCGUGGAUAUCAAGAUCUGGGAGUCUGAGGGGGAACAAACGAAACGCAGAUGGGAAAAGUGGCGGUGUGCGUUAUUCAUCAGCCCCAGUCUCAACCAUGCCUGGACGGAGUAUUGUAUCAGCACAUGGAACUAGCAGCAACCGGCAGCGGUUGAUCAUGGAUCCAAAAGUUUUUCAAAAGCAGCCGUUGUCGCCGACAGAGGUUUCAUCCCCGAAUGAUCCAUUUGCUUCGAGUUUUCAAGCACGCACCCGAAACACUUCUUCGCCGUUGCCACCUCUGUCUCGGCUGUCAAGUUUUAAUGUUGAUUUAGCUCGCCUUGGAUUAUCCUCGUCUUCGUCUUCAGCCCAUCGACAUAGUCCCACUUCGCCGAAUUUACAACCUAAUGCUACCGACACGUCAGUCCCCUCGGCUGGUCCCGUAUCUCCGAAUCUCUCUAAUUUCGCCUCUCAUACGUCCAAGCCAUCUCGUACAUCACAAAUCACAGAUCAGACCUUUGUUGGCUCUGAUAAUGAUACCAAAGGAUUCACUUCCGGUGACGACGAAGAUCUGGAUUUUCAAAGCGAGACGGUCUUCGAUUCUUUAAGGUCGGGAGCUACAGGCAGCAUACGGUCCCGGCACACCCCGCUGGAUUCAAUGUUUGACGAAUCUCCGCCUAGCGUCAAUGGCAGCGCAAAGACUAAGAGGCUUUCCAUUCACGAGAUGCUAGGGAAUGGAGGAUUUUCAGAAGGACAUAACAGGAUUAUUGAAGAAGACGAAGGAAUGUCUACACCGGUCAAAGGUCCUCGUUACUCACAAGAAGAAGGGUUUGAAACACCAGUGCGCCAUGCUUCUUUGAAUUCCACUGGAAUCCCAUCUUCUCCACCCAGUUUCUCUCUCGCUACAAAAGAAUUCACUCGCAUGUCUUUGGAUGAUGCAGAAGAUGACGAGGACUGGACGAGAGAUGAUGAAAACAUGGCUAUGAGCAGUCAGCUUUCCCCUCCGUCUAACUCUCUAAAUUCUCGAAGAGUAAGUCCAAGCUUUCGCGCUGCACUUGCAGAUUUGACCCACAGCGCUUCAACCAAUGGAAGCCCCGCUCCAAAUACAGUACGCCCAGAACGGCCGAAGAGUAACUUGUUCGACUGGGCAGAACCACCUUCUGCAGAGAAAUUAGAUUAUAUGGGUAACACCGCAAGACCUAAAACAGCGCAUGUAAAACAGCUGGCGGAUGGUAGAGGUGGACGUGCGAUUGGACGACGAGGUCCGACUCCUUUACACGUUCGAAGCCAGAGUGUGCCUGUGGUUCCUGAUAACGUGGGGCAGCGAGAGCAUGCGAAGUUGACGCCCAAAUUUGGAACAUGGGGCCUGGGAGCAAAAGGGUCCAGCGAAGACUGGGACAACGAUUUCGAAUUUGAAGGCACCAGUUUCGACAAUGCAGAUGAUGGAGACGGAGAUCUCAACAUAGAGAGCAGUGGCAUGUUGGUGCCUCCAGCUAUUCAAGCAAGCCAAGCGAGUGUUGUUGGACAUGUUGGCCAAAUAAGGGAGGUUUGUCUGCUGGUUGAGGAUUUAAAGAGGUUACGAUUAUUGGCGAAAGAAAAGGGCUUAUUGACGGGAGCUUCAGCACCACUAUGGAAGGAGGCUGAGGGCAUUAUUGCUCUUGCAGUUCCAGACGAAGAGGACCUUACACUUUCUCCACCUCACUCACCAUCAUCUAUCAUAUUUGAUAGAGAGUCAGCGGAUGAUGACGAUGGAGAUCGUGGGUUUGAUGUGGAGCAUUUGAUGAGACCUGAGGCGCCAUUCGAGCUUUUAAACCGGAACGGCCGUCCGACUGGGCUUGUUUACAAUGGUGGGACAGUUCGGCGGCGAUCAGUCUUCUCGGUCGACGACGAUAUAUUUGGAGCUGUAAUUAACAGCUCUCCCACUAGGGAUCACUUGCGACCUCCAACACUAACACGUCCCUCCAGCAUCAGGAGCGCAUCAGACGUCGCCCGUUCAGUAAUGGAAACCAUGCACCAACAUCGGGCAACGUCAGAUCCCUUGCUCAAAGAGAUGGCUGCUCAGUCUUCGGAAAAAAUGCCAUUCGACACUACUAGUCUCCGGGAUCUUGUGCAUCGCGCGAGUGUUCUCAGUCGUACUCUAGCAGAUCUUAUUCGGAAAUCUGAUGGCAGAUCGCCCAGUCCUGAUGCAGCUCCUCAGCGUGAAUCCAGUCCAGCGUUCACACGAGUCUUCACUGACCCGAUGGCGAGCCCGCCUAAAAACCUACCUCGAAGCCAAAGCAACGGUUCUAUCCUCAAUGGUUCGAUCGACUCUUCCCCGACUAGAAGUCUGGGCCAGAGAAUGCAUAUGAUGACCGUCAUCUGA